UGACGUGAUAGUGGAAGUACGUCCUCUUUGCGCUCUCUCCGGCCAUGACUGGAAGUGGUUUAUAAAUGUGACUUUUUUCCCAGUUAUUAAUUAUUUUUACAUUCUUCUUUUGGCCCUCUUGGGCCAUGACUAAAAGUGGCGCCUAAGUGACAUUUUCUUUCGCCUGAUUUUUAUUUAUUCUGACUGAAAACAUGAUUUGACGAGUGAACGAAUUGGGAUUUUUUUUUUAUACGUACGUUGAUAUUUUUGGUGCCAAAUCAGUGUGUUAAAAGGAAACUUGCAGCCAUGUAUUUCAACAGAAGAAAUAUGUAUUAUCAGAGUUACCCUUAUUUCUCGCCAUUUGGGUAUCUCCAGCAACAGGAGCGGUCGUAUGCCCAAGCAGCUUUGGCCGCCCAAGCAAAGCUCCAAGCUUUACGGCUCUCCGCUCUCUCACAACAACAACUGCAUCAGCAACAACAACAACAACAACAACAACAGCAACAACAACAACAUGAGGAGGAGGAGGAGGAGUUCGAUUCAGAGCCACAGUUACAGCAGGAAGGCAAUAACGACGGCGUGUCCUUCGUGAGGGCGUCUGCGGGCACGACCUCGACGCCGGGAGACUUCACGCCCUAUGGAUACGUGUCGCGCCCGGGCUCCACGCCGCUCAGCUACAGUUUAUGGGGUUCGAACGCCUCCACCACGAGUUCGGAAGAGUCGUAUCGGCGGCAGUUCAACCGAACACUUUGCCGCGUGGUGUUCGGAUGCGCUGUGCUGCUCGUGAUUCUCGCCGUCUUGGGGAUCGUCGGCAUCGCUGUCUAUCUCGGAGUGUUAACAAAUGAUGAGGAGGGAUCGGAAUACGAAGUGCUGUACAGAGGUCAGCUGAAGGUCACGGCCGGAGACACAUGGAUCCCCGACCUGGCGCGGUCCGCGUCGCCCGCCUUCAGAGCCAAGGCGCUGAAGUACGAGAAGAUGCUGGAGUCCGUCUACGAGAACAGCUUUCUGAAGGGCUCGCUGAGGAACGCCAAGGUCCUGCGCAUCCUGAGGAACCCCGAGAACAACCGCGGACUCAACCUGCACUUCAGGCUCGCCCUCGACCGCCGGAAGAUGCCCAGCCACGUUGAUAACACAGAGCUGGCAGUCAAGGACGUUCUUCUGCAAGAACUGAUGAGCCUAGAACCUGUUGCAUUCCAGAAAGUUGCGAUUGAUAUCGAUUCGUUUAGGAUUGCAAGAGAGAGUAACGUCACCCGGACGGAAUCAGCAGCCUCUUCGGCGCAAAAGGAGGAGGAGGAGGAAGUCCAGGUGAUUAAGGUCGAAGGGACGCAGGAGUCUCCCGGAGGAUCUAUCGUGAUCAAGAAGCCCUCUGGCGGCGCGGAUCGCUCGCAGCAGGACGGCGCGCGCGAGGAGAGCAGCACCGUGGCCAACCUGAUCUACCAGUUUGGCGCGUGGCGGCCCGUCAACCCCUACAACUUCCGGCCGUCCUCGCCCGACCCCUCGGCUGUCACUCCGGCGAAUCCGACCGUGCGCCCCGCCAGCGCCUCCGUCCGCCCCUUCUACAACCCCAACCAGAGGCCAGCACGCCCCUCGAGACCACAGGAAAAGAACAACCCCGUCACUCCUCCACAUCGCACGACCAAGAGGACUACGACCAGCAGUACCACGACUACGGCUUCUACUACUACAACUACGACUCCUCCUCCUCCGCCUCCAACUACGACCACCACAACUACAACCACACCAGCUACAACUACCACUACAACCACCACGACGACCACAACUACAACGACUCCUCGACCCACGACGACUGCAAGCGCGAGUACGUUGCAGUUCAACAAUCGGUUCGGAAUUCCCUUGGAGGAUCUGGGCUCGAAGGAGAACAAGAUGACGACGAAGAGGAAUCCGUCGAGGGAGGACCUCCAGGCGAUUCUGGCUGACCUGAUGUUCUUCACGACUCCUCGACCUCGUCCUCGACCUCGCCCGCGGCCCCAGCCACGCCCUCAGGCUCCUCUUCGAGUCCCCGACGAAAUCACGAUCUUCUCGAGGCCGAACUACAACGCAAGACCCACCUCAACGCAACCUCCCCCUAACCGAACCCCGAGCUCGGCGGAUCACCUGGUCACAUUCCAGGACAUUUUGGAAGGAAACAGGAGACGUCCUUCGUUCUCAGCCUCGCAUCCCUCGUCAGGCAGCCAGAUGGCCUCCCACCAGACGCCAGGAGUGCCCCAUGUCACGUCUUACACCGGGGUGAGAGAACCUCAGCCUCCGAAGCCACCUGCAGAUUUCAGGUUCCCACUGGACAGAUUCCGAUACCCCAGCACCUCGUACGCAGCUCCAACCCUGCCUCCUGCCACCGAACCCACUGCCGCUGCAUCGUCUUUCAACAUUUGGGAUUUCCUCACGACCAGGAAGCCUCUGAUUCUGAACACAGAGGUGGUAACGUCAACGAGCAUCGACGUUCAGUACGGCUCAACGUCCUCGGACCAAGGAACAACUCAGUAUGGUCCUGUGUAUAGACCGACGAGUGAGCUGGUCCCAGUCUACAGACCGACCAUCAACAAUGGACCAAUCUACAGACCUGAUCAAGGGACUACAGACGAGUAUGGCCCGGUGUAUCGGCCAAGCAACGAGCCAGCACCUUUAAAAGAGUUUUCCGAAGAUCAGAAUUUCCUAACGGUUCCUGUGAUAUCGGGAACUAACGUCCGCUAUAUCACCGUGAACAAGACGCGCACGAACUACCCCAACGUCGUUAUCGUCAACCUUCAGACCACUCCUGAGGAAGAAACGACGACGCCCGAGACCUCCUCGCGGGGCGACGGAAGGAGAUUCAAUACGAAAUUCCUGGAGGACAUUUUCCAGACUGUGCUGCGAAACACGAACUACCGCGGCAUAGACGGAGCCACUCACUUCAGUAAUUCUGGCUUCUCAAACAGAAGGGGAAAACCUAUUGACCUCGAUAUACCAGACUCGCCUGCGCCCUUGCUUGACGAGGAAACCAAUGAGUCUCUCUCCCUCUGGUCCGUCUUAAGGAACUUGAGCCAAGUUUACUUGUCCGACCCCGCCAUCAUCCAGCAGUUGCAAGACUUCGAAAAGGCUUCAUUAAAAGCAGACCAAGCCACAACAGCUACACCAGCACCACAAUCCACAACUCCAGAUCAAACAACAACACCCAACUUGACGCCAUUCUUUCAGCAUUUAAGAGGCUCUCAGAAUCCCUUCCUGAAAAAUUCCAAUGUCGUGGCAAGCCAGCAAGCUCCUGCUUACGCUUACAUACCUCUGCAUGACCCAAACACAUCAGAGACUAGCGAUGUCGUUGACGACAAGGACCCUGCUCAUGCACUGAACUACACUCUCCAAUACAUCACACCUCGACCGGCAUCAGGUGUCACGUAUCCCAUGGAUUACACACAACAGCCCAUCCGCUACACCUCUUCGCCUUUCACCACCCUGUUCAUGACCGGCGUUGGAGGCAAGAGCUCGGGCAGCCCGCAGGUGAUCAGUGUGUCGAGCCGUUCCCCCGUCAUAUCGUCAGGUAGCUCCUCGAUGACGAACUCUCCGAUCCAUACAUUCGUCCUCAAAGAAGGGCAGAGCAUGGAGGAUCUGUUGCAAGAGAUCUUCGACACCAUAUCGCUGGAAGAAGAGAACGAGGCUUUACCUUCCACCGACGCUCCGAGUUCAGACGUCGAAACGACGACCGAGGAUUUCGAAACGACGUACCAGACCACCCGCGAAACGGAGAGCCGAGACAGCGUUUUGGAGUCCAUCAACAGAAUCCUUCAGCAGCACCUCGAGAAGAUGAACAACCAGUCCAAGGACUCCUCCCAAGAACAAAGUUCCACGGCACCGUCGGCGGCGCCGGAGACCUCUCUGCCGUCCCGAGAGCCGUCCAAGCCGCACGGGGGAAUUGACCCCAUCCACGACCUCUUCCCCGUCAUGACCCGCCCCAUGAACUUCAUCCGAACCACCACGCCCGAGCCCUACGAGAUCCUGGACGACGGCGACAACGAGAUCAAGACGACGGUCGUGGGGGACGGCAUGGCCUCCACGGAGGAGGUCAGGACGGAGACCUCGAUAGACGUGUCCUACAGCGUCCACUCUGCCACCACCGAGAUAGCGCUUAUCAGCAACGACACAGUGCAAGCAUGCCAGAGCAAGUCCCAGUUCCGUUGCAAGUCGGGCGAGUGCAUCGCAGAGUCCUCGCGGUGCAACCUGAUCCAGGACUGCCGCGACAGCUCCGACGAGCGGGACUGCUCCUGCGCCGACUUCCUCAAGAGCAAGUUCCUCACUCGGAAGAUCUGUGAUGGCAUCGUCGACUGCUGGGACCACUCGGACGAGUCCAACUGCGACUGGUGCAAGCCGGGCCAGUUCAUCUGCCCAGGCACGGCCCAGUGCAUCGAGCAGAGCCAAGUGUGCGACGGCACCACGGACUGCAAGGACGGCGACGACGAGAGGACGUGCGUCACCAUAGCGCCGGACGUCCCCGCGGCCAACGCUCUGGAUUACCAUGGCGAAGGGUUCCUGAUGGUGCGGAAACACGGCAUCUGGGGAAAGCUUUGCCUCGACAACUUCGAGCAAGUGACAUCUCGAGCUUCUGCAACCUGGUCGGUGUCAGAUUUAGGCCAGGCCGUAUGCAAAACACUCACUUUCAGCAACUUCAGCCGCGUAGAGCGCUACCCAGACACAACUCUCGUCAAGCGCUCGCGGCCCAACAUCCCCUCCAGGUACCACUCACUCCUCCCGCCUCCUACUUCUGCUGCUCCUUCGCCCGUCUACUACGAAAUCAACGUCUCUGACAAAGGGUUCCUGCCCACGCGCGCCCGCUCCGUACCCUUGGACACGUCCUCGGCGGCGGACCUCGCUCUCUCCUUGGAUUUCGAGAAGACUACGUGCCCGAGGAAGGACGUGGUGAAGGUCUCUUGCGAAGGACUGCAGUGCGGGAUCAGGCCACGCGCCGUGCACCAUCGCGCCAGGUAUUACAGGAGUGGAAGCCGACGGCAAGCGCGGAUCGUGGGCGGCAGCAACAGCGGGCCCGGAUCUUGGCCCUGGCACGCGGCGCUCUACAAGGAGGGCGAGUACCAGUGCGGCGCCACGCUCAUCAACGACCGCUGGCUCGUCUCCGCGGGGCACUGCUUCUAUAGCGCCACCAACAACCACUGGGUGGCUCGUCUGGGCGCCCUCAGACGGGGCUCCAAGUUCCCCUCGCCCUUCGAGCAGCUGCGACACAUCACGCACAUUUUCAUUCAUCCUGAAUACGUCGAAACGGGCUUCAUCAACGACAUCACUCUGCUCAGCGUCAAUGAACCGGUUCGCUUCACCGACUACGUGCGCCCCGUGUGCCUCCCUCCGCCCGGCGCCAGCAUCGAGGACGGCCGCCUGUGCACGCUGGUGGGCUGGGGGCAGCUGUUCGAAGUGGGCAGAAUCUUCCCCGACACCCUGCAAGAGGUCCAAGUGCCGCUGAUCUCGACGUCCGAAUGCCGCAAGAGGACGGUGUUCAUCCCGCUCUACCGCAUCACCGACGACAUGUUCUGCGCAGGAUACGACCGCGGCGGGAGGGACGCGUGCCUCGGCGACUCCGGCGGACCGCUCAUGUGCCAGGAACCCAACGGGUCGUGGCAGCUGGUGGGCGUCACGAGCAACGGGUACGGGUGCGCGCGCCCACACCGCCCCGGCGUCUACACGAAGGUGGUCAAGUAUCUCGACUGGAUGAAUCAGGUGAUGGAGCUGACAAAGAGCGAACUGGUGGUGCCGGUGCCAGCGCAGUGCGAGGGCCACCGCUGUCCCCUCGGCCAGUGCCUCGCCCCCUCCAACGUGUGCAACGGCGUGGUCGAGUGUUCGGACGGCUCGGACGAAGCCCAGUGCCACUGAGAAAAUUGCAUUAAAUGGUGUCGCUUGUGGUGAAUUCGUUUCGAUGUGUCACGGUUUCGGACGAGGUGUCGAGGAUGUCACGUGUGUCGAGAUUAGAACUUGUAUUAGACUCGUUGAGAGCUUGUUGCACACGCAUUUCGGCCAGUAUGGUGAUGUUCUAAAUGCGAAAUAAUUUAUGGAUGGAAAUGGGAGAGGAGAAAUCAUCAUCAUUCAGUAUUAACUAACGGAAAACUGCUUCUUAGACACACGCAAGGUGCCUUAAAGUGAAUAAAAUGAAGUGUAAAAGAAUAAUCUGAGUGAAAAAUAUCUAAAGAAACACAGAAUGUAGAAACAAAAGAAAUACGAAUCUUAAUUACGUGAAAGGUUUCGAAAUUUAUGUGAAUUCUCAAAAGUUAUGAACUUACUGUAUCAUGAGUUCGCUUAUUUACGAAUGAUAGUUAUUGUUUUAAAUAUUUGAUUCAUAUGUAGUGUGACUGUGUACUGCAUAUUCAUCAAUUCCAACUCCAGCGCUCUCUAAGUUUCACAUUGGAACAGAGAGCAUGGCGAGGAGUGUCAUUUCAAUGGGCAUUAUAAAUUAUAUAAGGACAGCACUUGAUAUACACCAAUUUUCAAAGUUGAACAUAAAAUGUUAUACACAAAAUAUGCACAAUUAGCAUUAGUAGCUGUGUACAGUGUUUAUCUUAAUAGCUCAUCAUUUGCGAAAAAAAAUCGAAUUAGGAAUUUGUUAUAUUCUUUCCAAAAAAAAAAAAGAAGUUUGAAUCAGGGAAGCUGAGUCUCUUACGCACUCUUUAACGUACAAUGUCACAGUGCACUCUUUGCAGCACGAAACACGCGAUAAACAUACGUAAUUCACCUACUAAAAUUAGAUAACAUAAAAACUAAACAGAUUAAUAGACAAAUGAACAAAGAUAGUAGUUAGAAUUACUGUUUUAAUUAAAAAAACAGGCACAGGUUCUUAUGAAAUGGAAAAUAAAUGUUCCAGAUAAUAUCAGUAAACCUCACACAACAUGUUACUUCAUUCUUAACAAGAACACGUAAGAAAACCUCAAUUAACCAGAUUUUUAACUUAAUGUAAUAUGAGCAAUGAAUCGUUACUCGGUGUAGAUUGUAGAGCUUCGUUAAUCUUCCUUUAAAGAAGGUUUUAUAAUGUAUAACGAAGACUGAAGGUGCAAUGCGGUUGUAAGUAUAGACUAGAUAUGAUACUACCACCUUAUUAAAAACACUUUUGGCUUUACUUAUGUUAUGGUAAUUAUUUAUAUUGAUGGGAUCAUCUUGACAGUGUGUGUCUUUGGUGCGACUUGGUCGGUGUAUGACAGUGGCAUUAAAUUUGUAAGUGAUAUUAGGUUAGCCACACGGGAGUACAGGCAUGUUUAUAACUUGAGUGAGUAAUUAUCAAAACACAUAAGGGUCUAUAUAAUCUGUCUGUCAGUCUCUCCUUCUCUUUUAUUAGUCUACCUCAUUCUGUCUUUCACUUACACACACACAGGCACAGACACACUUUCUUUGAAGGGCAGGGUAAAUUCAUUUGUUAUGCCUCAUCUGAUCUAAUGCUAUCAAAAUGCACUCAAUUUUGCGUGUCCUUGAUCACAUACAAGAAAGGUUGCGUCAGAUUAGUCCGUACUUUAUCAUUUUCUUUCGUUGUUUCGUGACUUUUGGAACUCAGCGUGACUGCAUUUUGAUUCGGCAUUUCUUGGGUUUGGUAUUUAUUAAUUCAAUCGUGUGCAUAGGUUAUUUUUAGAUUUUUUUUUACUUCACAUUUCUUCAUUAAAGUCAUGUUAUCAUUCACUCAUUUAUUCAUUCAUAUUAUUAUUCAUACCGGGCAAUUAUUUCAGUGUUUUGCACUUUGUACAUAUACAUAAAUAUAUAUAUUUACAUUUUAUAUCUAGGUCAUGCCCAUGGGUAAAACUAAUGCCAAAGUUUUUAUGGGCAUCUUCUUUGUGAUAUUGUUGUUAUUUAUUAAAAUGUACGUACGUAUACCUCUAAUAAAAUCGUUUCGUAGAA